UGCUCAGAAGAAUUCAACCUGCAACAUCAUCGCAGGUAAUACAAUCCGAUGGAAGGUAAUACAAGCUAAUAGCAGCUAAUGGAAGCUAACAGCAGCUAAACGAAGCUAAUAGCAGCAAGUAGGAAACAUUUAGGAGUUGCUGUCAUGUGACAGUCAUGUGACGAUCCCAGGAUAUGGCUUCCUCAAAAUGGCAGUGUGUCAGGGUCUGUCUGUAUGUGCCCAGUGAUUCACUGGUGAGCAGUCCAGGGUGUACCCCACCCUUAGUCAGCUGGGAUAGACACCACCUCACCUGUGGCCCUGAACAUGAUAAGCGGACUCGGAUAAUGGUGGACUCUUAAAAACAAUGACUGGCCCAACCAACCUCAGACAGCCAUGAACCCCCAGGAGACAGAGCUUGGCAAGGAGCUUAAGCUGGAGUCCAAUGCACCGCCUUGCCAUCACCGCAACAGCAGAUCUCACAAUCACACCAACCAAGAAAAACCAUUCAGUCGUUGUGACACACCAACUGAAGGAAGUGGCAGCUGCAGAGCCAGUGAGCCUUCGCAACGCAGAUCACAAGAGCAAGACAUGGAGAUGCAACAUGGAGCUACGUCUCUGCAGGCCCAGCAGCCCAUUCCUCGUCCUGCAGUGACACGUUAUCGCAGACAGGGGGACAGUGAGGCCCGCAUCCGAGCCCAGCAGCAAAGGUACAGACAGAGACAGCAGAGAGAGAUGGAGAGAGCACAGCUGUUAGCACAACAAGAGACGCGACACACCGAUACGACCCAGGAAGAUGAUAGAGAGAGGGAUGAUUCAGUGUUGGCCCGUUCUGCAAGCACAGAGAGUGGUUUUCACACCCACACAGACCGGGCUGAGGGCGAUGAUAGCUUGUUAAUGGUGUCACUGGAGCCGGGGCUGGAGGACGAGACAAUGAACUAUGGAGUUCCGCUACGUCCCGAAGCAGAGGGGUACACUGAGAGAUCUGAGUCUGAACAGCAACUUCUCCAUCAGCAUUCAAACUACCCACACCAACUGGCACCCCUACCGUGUGAUCCACAGUCUGACUCACAGAGACAUGAGGAGGCAACGUCGGCCCUGGGGUACUCCAACUACAUCUAUACUCAGUCUCCCAACUUCUCUGGAGGAAACUUGGAGAAUUUAGAUGCUGAAGUUGCAGAAGAAGCAUACUCAGAGCCUUAUGACAUCUACUCGCUCUCUGAGCAUGUGUAUGAGGAAAUCUGUGAUGCUCCUACAUUGGUUUCUUCAGCAGCAGAUGGAGGAGCUGAGGACAGAGAGUCUCUCCAGCAGAGAAGGGCUAACUUUCGCCUACUGGACGGUCGGGCCACAGGCGGAGACUACCACCAACAAGAGGCUGUGGGCUCCCGUCUGCGGCACUAUGAUGAACGCUCAGACGGGGAGUCUGACAGUCCAGAGAAAGAGGCCGAAUUCGCCCCAUACCCACGUGCUGAUAGCUGUGAGCAGGAGGAAGACAUGGACAGUCAUGUGGCAGAGGUGAAGGAAAGCCUAAGCUCUACAAGUCUUCAACGUAUUACUGAAGACGCAGUUGAUGAAGAAAAUGAACGUGUACAAGCUGAUAAACUCCAAGCAGAUAACCAAACUCAUUCCGAUAAAAGUGCCACAGAUGCCAAGCAGAGACAGCAGGCCAAAAAACGGACUUUGAGUCCAUCAGAGGAGACGGCAGCAGUUGGAAAUAGUCAGGAGAAGCGGGAUGCUAUAUCUCUGGCCAUCAAGGACAUCAAGGAGGCCAUAGAGGAGGUGAAGACCAGAGCAGUGAGAUCUCCUUACACUCCUGAUGAACCAAAGGAGCCUAUUUGGGUCAUGAGGCAAGACCUCAGCCCCACUACAGAGUGUGACCUGCAAACAUCGCUUGGAGGAGAAUCGCCUGGGUCUGGUUCUCCUUCUCCUCCUGGAGCAGAAUCAGCCAGCAGACUUCUACUGGCAGAUGACGGUUUUGAAUCGUCUCCCUCCAGUAAAGAGUCCAGAAGAAGUCUUGCAUCCUUCCCCACAUAUGUUGAAGUCCCAGGCCCGUGUGACCCAGAGGACCUGAUUGAUGGCAUCAUCUUUGCAGCCAACUACCUGGGCUCGACUCAGUUGCUGUCAGACAAGACACCCUCAAAGAACAUCCGCAUGAUGCAGGCACAAGAAGCUGUCAGUCGCAUCAAGACGGCCCAGAAAGCAGCCCAGAACAGAAAAAAGGCCCCUGAAGACGAAGCCCAGCCCAUGACGGAGGUUGAUCUCUUCAUCUCCACCCAGAGAAUUAAAGUGCUGAAUGCAGAUUCCCAGGAGACCAUGAUGGACCAUCCUCUGCGGACUAUUUCCUACAUUGCAGACAUUGGCAACAUUGUUGUUCUGAUGGCCCGGCGUCGAAUGCCUCGACAGGAUUCUCAAGAACACAUGGAGGCCUCUGAGCCAGAGCCCGACAGCAAGCGCCAGUACAAGAUGAUAUGCCACGUCUUUGAAUCUGAGGAUGCCCAGCUUAUCGCCCAGUCUAUUGGGCAGGCCUUCAGUGUGGCUUACCAAGAGUUCUUGAGAGCCAACGGCAUUAACCCUGAGGAUCUGAGCCAGAAGGAAUACAGUGACCUGCUCAACACACAGGACAUGUACAAUGAUGACCUCAUUCACUUCUCCAAGUCAGAAAACUGCAAAGAUGUGUUCAUGGAGAAAGCUAAAGGUGAGAUUGUUGGUGUGGUCAUCGUGGAGAGCGGCUGGGGUUCCAUCCUGCCGACCGUCAUCAUUGCCAACAUGAUGCAUGGUGGGCCGGCAGAGAGGUCGGGCAGACUGAACAUAGGUGAUCAGAUCAUGUCCAUCAAUGGGACCAGUUUGGUGGGUCUGCCGCUGUCCACCUGUCAGAGUAUCAUUAAGGGUCUCAAAAACCAGUCCCGCAUCAAGAUGAACGUGGUGAGAUGUCCUCCAGUGACCACGGUACUCAUCAGGCGACCAGACCUCCGCUAUCAGCUGGGCUUCAGUGUCCAGAACGGCAUUAUCUGCAGUCUGAUGCGUGGUGGGAUUGCUGAAAGGGGAGGAGUUAGAGUGGGUCACCGCAUCAUUGAGAUCAACAGCCAGAGCGUGGUCGCCACGCCCCAUGAAAAGAUUGUCCAUAUCCUGUCCAAUGCGGUGGGGGAGAUCCACAUGAAGACGAUGCCUGCAGCCAUGUACCGCCUGCUCACAGCCCAGGAGCAGCCUGUUUACAUUUAAAUAGCUGAUGAAAAGGUGGGUUUGAGACUUCCAUGAUCACUUCCCAACCUGCCUCUCUGCUUUGACCAGCAACACAUCCUGCAACGUCUAUCCGCUGGUGAUGAACCAAAGUCAAUUUUUGGAGUAUUUUCAGACGCCCAUAACCGCAUUGUACUGUAUUACAUCUAUGGGAUCAUUUAUUAAUGUAGUUGUUUGCACAUUACAAUGACAAUUUGAGGAUCACGUUCCACAGGUGGCCCUGCUGUACCUUAUAGCUGCCAUUUGACAUCACUUUCCCCUCUACCGCAUCUUGUUAUUGGAGGGCAGUGCUUCCCAAAAUGUUCUUCUACCACUUGAGACAUUUGACCCCCAGCCAUGUACCCCCGAAUCAUGACACUUAAAAAUAAAAUAAAAUAAGCGUCUGGAAGCCCCCCUCUCCUAAACACACUCACACGGCUUAAAUAACACCUCUUAAAUGAUUUCUCACCAAACUGAACUAUUUAGUAAAUAACCAGCAACACCAGUUCACUUUAGAAAAAAUAAAAAUCAAAAAUUUCACUUUAGAUGAUGAGAACGAGGCUCGUUGUCGUCAUACAAUCAGAAAGUCCUGCAGAUAGGAGAUAGGAGAGCACAGUGAGAGGAAGGCACCUUAGACUGUACGUCUUCCAGUCUAAUCAGGCUGUUUACAAAUCGAAUCACACUGUUCUCAAUUUUCCUCCUGUUUUAGUCCUUAGAAUGGUCUUUUUCUUUAUAAUGUAUUAAAGAUAGACAUUUUGUUGUGUUAGCAGUGAGUUGAAACACAGUGAAAUAAACAGAUGAUCUCAGAUCAGUUUGGUGAGGAUGACGCAGACAUCCAUUAAAGCUUGAUGAAUGUCAGUCCAUUCUCAAAACCUGUUAGGGGGAUGUUUGGCAUUAAAAAUGAAAUUAAAUGAAAGAACAUGCAGUGGAACCUCGGUUAGCGAACGCCACGCCCCGGCUGGUGUGUUAUUCGGUUAAUGUUGACAAUGUAUACCAAAAUUUUGCCUCGGUUUGCGUACAUUUUCCGGUUAGCAUACAAUAUACACUUUUUGUGAGUCCAACUGUGUUCUUCAUGUAUUUCUAUCACAAUUACCUUGUUAACAGCCUAUUAGCUUUGCUAAUACAGGGAAACAGGAAGCAGAAGUCAGCUCCUUUGCCCGUCUAUGAUGUCAUCAGUGGUUUACUCUGUAGUUCUUUGCUAACACAGUUACGUCACAAAGCAUGUUUUUAUAGUUUUAUGAGUUUUGCUCGCCUUCUUGAGCAAAAUGCAAUUGCAACUUCUUUGGCUCCAUUUGGGGUUAUUUUGCAGCCGUGAUCAAAAGAAAAGCAAAGACUCUAGGUGAAAAACACUAUUGAACUCAAGAAACUCACAUCGAAACAGGAAGGUGGUGUCCAUGUUGAUCUUGCCGCCACAUUGUGUCUUUGGCAGCAAUCACGUCUUCAGUGAAGGUAAGGGUAUUCUUAAAUGUUAAUUUAUCCCUUUCAUUCAUCAUUUAUAUGCAUUUGUAAUUGUUUUCUGCAUGUAAAACUAUAAAAACAUGUUUUGUGUGAACAUUUUUGGCUUUCUGGAAUGGAUUUACGGAUAUUUACAUUAUUUCUUAUGGGAAAAAUUGAUUUGGUUAGAGUACGUUUUGGUUAGAGUCUGACCUUCUGGAACGGAUUAAUGACGCUAACCGAGGUUCCACUGUACUGGAAAUAGUACGCUCUUCUUUCAGGCAUUUAUGAAUUCCUACACAUGAAUGUUCUGUCACAUGGUUGGAGUUAUGAAUGUUGCUUUUCCAAAUGUACCCUCUGAUGAUUGUACCACAAUAAUUGUAAGGUUUUGUUCCUCUUUUAAACGUCAGCUGGAUUUAUAAAUGCAUCACAGUGGUCCUCACAAAGCUUGUAUCUACUCGUAGUCGUGUUGUGUAUUAUUACCACCACAUGUCAGCAAAUGCUUUGGCUUUAAAGGUGGACAGAAUCUGUUUGUCAACUCUAAAGGUUACUUCCAGUUGAGGUGAAUAUGUGAACGGAGUUGUGGCUGCUAAAUAGCGUUUCUGUGGCUGCCAGAGAAGAUGCAGGACAUUUCCAAAUCAAUGAUCUCUGCUGGUAAAGUAAGACAACAGAUGGACUAGUUCAGCAUCACAUGACUAUAAUUCAAAAACACUUUGCAAAACAUCCGGGAUACUAAUUCUCAAGUCCCCUCUACCACUUCUGCUUAAGUCUGUCUUCACCUUCAUCAUGUGCAUCACCCUCACUAAUAACAUCUUCGUUACCCCUUGUCAACUUUGCCUGUUGGAUAUCAGAUACAUUAUGUUGCCAACGUAUUGGCUCGCCUGCUUUUACACGCAUAUGGAUUUAAGUGGCCACCGGUUCUUAAUCCACGGGGAUUAUGGCCCACCCUGUGCAGCUAUAACAUCUUCAACUCUUGUGGGAAGGCUGUUCACGAGGUGUAGGAGUGUUUAUGGGGAUUUUCACCAUUCUUCCAGUAGUGCAUUUGUGAGCUCAGGCAGUGAUGAUGGAUGAGAAGGCCUGGCUCACACUCUGGCUUGAGGUGAAGGCCAGUCAAGUUCUCGCUCAUCCGUGUCUUUAUAGACCUUGCUUUGUGUACUGUUCCACAAGCAUGUUGGAACAGGAAGGGGCCACCCUGUGUCUGCAAAACUGGUAGCAUGACAUUAGCAUCCAAAAUGUCGUCAUAUGUUGAAGGAUUCCGAGUUCCUUUUAGUGGAACUGAGGGACCAAGCUCAGUCCUGGGGAAAAAAAACCCAAACCAAAUUGAUCUUCUCCUCCUGUGAGGGACAGUGAGAGUGAAGGUCAGACCCACAUGCCUAGACACAUACUUUAUCAGGUGCAAGGACAUACUCUUGUUUAAUCAGAACCACUAACAUGGAAACGCCAUUGGAGAGACUUGUUUUAGAGACCAGAAGCCUCUAGCCUCGAGCAAAUAAUCAUAGCAAGUCAGUGUGACAUUAAUGUGUAUCUUAGCAGAAAUACAUACACAUAUUGGUACAUAAUUAGGACUAAUAUUCAUAAAAUCAAAUGGAAUAAUGGACACAAAACAUCCAAACCAUAUUUUCCUGACAGAAACCCAUUCCAUCAGGCUCUCUAUGCACGACUUUUCAGCUAAUCUGAAGGUGGACAUCUGUAGCGAUUGACGACCUCUGUGCGCCUCUUUUUGGUCAUUUUAGGUGUCCUACCACUUGUUGGCUCACUUGCUGCUGUUCCCAAACUUUGUUAUAAAACCACUGAGAGUUGACUGUGGAAUAUUGAGAAUAGUGAGAACUAGGGUUAUUGGUCUGAUAUCAGCAAAAAAAAACAACUAUUACAGCCUUCCCUUGCCAUUUUGCAAUUUUCAGGCUAUACUCUAUCGCAUUAUUGCAAAAAUAUAUUAAUUAAUAAAUCGUGCUGUUUUGUGUUUGAACACGACCUAUUAUUUUGCCUAAAUGAAGCAUUUUCAAGCAUAAAAGUGGCUAAAUGAACUAAAAUUAUGAUGAUACGUAGUAUUCUACUCUGGUCUCUAGGUGUCAGUAAUUCUACUGUAAUAUUCAGUGAGACGCACAAGCACCAGACUUGAUCACCGUAACCCAUGCCAAGCUAAAACUCAACUCUGAACCCCCGACGUCACCUCCUGUCCAUGCCAACGGAACACAUUUACAGCAACACACACAAGCACAGGUCUCCAGUGGCUUAUUUUCGCUUAUUAUGUCUACUAUAUUGGGUAAUAGGAGUAUGAAGGUGACUAUAGGGGUGUUAUUUCAUUUCUAUAGGGCUUUAAUGUUGUUAAAAAGUUCAUUUAGAAGGUUCUAAACAGGCUCUCUAUGCUAUAACUACAAAAAUAUUCCAUUUAUAAAUCAGGAACUAUUCACUUAUCACGGCCGGGUCUGGAACCAAUUAACUGUGAUAAACGAGGGACUACCGUAUCUGGUUAUAUUGCCCUGCGUCUGAAAUCUCCAAUAUCAGCACUCCAACUCAAGCAUUCCAUUCCACACUCCGCUUGAGCACUUCUAUCCAGUUGCACCCAGACCUGGCAUGCAGACACGAUACACACGUGAGCACAACAACAGUGCUAACAAAGCAAAGCAGCAAGGAGCAGGACUGACCUCCCCUCGCCAAAGUCCGAAAAAGAGUGCAAAAGUGUACUGUGUAUCACACAGUACCACAGUACUUGAUUGUUGAUGGAAGUGAUUGGAAUACCUCAUUUCAAGUAUUAGCAUGGGUGAGUGAAUACUUUUGGCAAUAUAGUGUAUCUGAAACACUGCUAUCCCUUUUCUUGGCCUUAUUGGUACCAACACUGGACUUUUAUUUUUUUUAAUGUCAUGUUCACAACAACAAUGGCAUCGUUAGCAAUGUGAAGAUGUUUGAAUCAUGCCUGCUUUUUUUUUUUUAGCGUGUGCCGUGUGGGUUUACAUGCAGCACGCAACACAAAGAAAUGACAUAGAGUAUGAAUAGAACAUAUUUAUACAUAUUUAUGCAUUAUAUAUAUUGGUGUUGAGUGUGUUUGGGUUAUUUAGACAAGAGUGAAGAUGUCAUUCGUGUAUAUACACGCACACACACACAGAGCACAGCGUAUCAUUUGAGGUCAUUGUGUAUAACAUUUUCUCUGUCAGGGAUUGUAGGCUAGUGUGACAGCAAGAAAACAGCUAACAUGCUCUAUUACUGCUAUUUUAUUGAUUUAUUAUCGAUUAGUAUUUACACCCAUGUUGAAUGUAACUGAAAUGUUAGCGCUCAAUGUGUCUUAAGAAAACAAAGUGCAUCAAUGUUUGUUUUUGUGAUUGGCGCUACAUUCCUUUGUAACAGUAUUUACGACAAUAAAUAACACGCAGAAGGACUUUGGCUUCAUUCAUC